AUGCUCCCAAGCAGCUAUCAUAAUGCAGUAUUAGGUCUCUGUGGAAAUUUCAACCAAGAUCCGAAUGAUGACCAGAUGUCAUCCAAUGGUACACAGAUGUCAUUAAUUAAUGAAUGGGCAGAGCACUGGUCGGUUUAUGACCGAGACCCCUUCUGCUGGCACUCUUGUCCUGGGAACUGUCCAACUUGUGAGGAAAGUAAGAAACGUCUAUAUUCUGGAGAAGACUCCUGUGGUAUCCUAUUUAAAAAUGAUGGACCUUUCAGAGAAUGCACAUCAGAAAUCUCUCCAAAUAACUACUUUGACAGUUGCCUCUAUGAUGCCUGCACUUAUAAUGGAGCCCAAGUCAUGGUUUGUCAAGCACUUGAGAGCUAUUCCAUCACCUGCUUGCAACAAGGAAUUAAAAUUUAUGACUGGCGAACACCAUCUAACUGUCGUAAGUAA